CACCCGGCCGGAAGCCUUGGAAUAGAGCUGCAGAUUUUAAAACGAUUGGAAUCAAUGCUUCGCACCUCUGCAGGACGAAUAUUUUCUAUUUUUGGAGUAAAUGCAUAUUUGUCAAAGUUGUCAUCUUUCAGGGCACAGCAUAAGUGUGCAAAAUAGUAGUGGACGGCGUUUGUAGGCUCUCCAUUGGUGCGCAGUGGGGCGCUCAGUCAGCCAGAAAUGCGGGGUAUUUUAGACAUUGCUUUUUAAACUGACCGGUUGUCUAGUUAUAUGAGAGCAGAUCUUUUUAAAAUAUAUAUAAACGUUACAUUUUUGUCUUAGACGUUCUUUCUUCUUGAAGAUGACAUUUGCCGUAUCAGUGCAUGCAUAUUUGUAGAUGCAGCUUGAUCUCGGGUUUGAAGGAAGGGGGUGAUUGUGGAAGAGGUGGUCGUAGCUGGCUAGCUAAACUAAGCUAGCUAGGGUUCCGUCAUUGACAAGCUAGAACGGAGUUUGGGCUAUCGCUCGCCAGCUAUGAGCUUUUGAAAAACAGCAGGCUAGCUAGCUACAGUAGCCUCGAUCCUGGCAGGAUGUGGAGAAGAAUAGAUGUAUAGCUAGCUAGCUUGCUAGCGAUAUAGAAAGAUCAAGGAUAGCCGUUAGCUAGAUCAUUUAGCUAGCUUGUUAGGUAGCUAACGUUAGCAACAGUCCAGCAACGUUUCUUUUUUUAUAUUAGCGAGAUAUCGCUAGCUCCAGCUAGCAAUCUCAUAAACAACCCACCGUUAUUUAUAUAGCUAGCUAGUAUUAACUAGCUGCAGUUUUAUCGAGAGGCGCAUGAUAGCUAGCUAACGUUAGCAAGCUAGCGUCAGCUAACUGCUAGCUAACUCUUUACAGCAAGGCGAACUGUCAUUUGCCGUUCAUUCAAAUUCAUUUAGCCAGCUAGCUAGCUAAAUAUAUUAAACAUGGCUACUCCUAGCAGCAUCGCGCAGUCCAUUGCAAGUAAAACGAAGACGAAGAAGAAACACUUCGUGGCUCAGAAAGUGAAGCUAUUUCGUGCCAGCGACCCUCUGCUCAGUGUCCUAAUGUGGGGAGUUAAUCACUCGAUUAAUGAACUGAGCCACAUUCAAAUCCCCAUCAUGCUCAUGCCUGAUGACUUUAAAGCCUACUCCAAGAUCAAGGUGGACAAUCACCUCUUCAACAAGGAGAACAUGCCAAGCCAUUUUAAGUUCAAGGAGUACUGUCCUCUUGUCUUCAGGAAUCUAAGGGAAAGGUUCUCCAUCGAUGACCAGGAUUUUCAGAACUCCCUCACACGAAGCGCGCCCAUCCCCAGCGAAUCACAGGGGCGCAGCGGGGCCCGCUUUCACACCUCCUACGACAAGAGGUACCUCAUCAAGAUCAUCACCAGCGAGGACGUGGCCGAGAUGCACAACAUCCUGAAGAAAUACCACCAGUACAUAGUGGAGUGCCAUGGGAACACACUGCUGCCCCAAUUCCUGGGCAUGUACCGCCUCACGGUGGACGGAGACGAAACUUACAUGAUCGUCACACGCAACGUCUUCAGCCACCGUCUGUCUGUCUACAAGAAGUACGACCUGAAGGGUUCUACGGUGGCGAGGGAGGCAAGUGACAAGGAGAAGACCAAGGAGCUCCCAACAUACAAAGACAACGACUUCAUCAACGAUGGGCAGAAGAUCUACAUUGAUGAGGACAACAAGAAGAUAUUCCUGGAAAAACUGAGGAAGGACGUGGAGCUGCUGGCCCAGCUGAAGCUGAUGGACUACAGCCUGCUGGUGGGGAUCCAUGACGUGGAGCGGGCGGAGCAGGAGGAGGUGGAGAGCGAGGAUAAUGAAGGAGAGGACGAGGGAGAGAGUGACGGGGGCGUGGCCGGGAGCCCCCCAGACAGCCCCAGCAACACGCUGGACAGCACCAAGCCCCUGGGCCCCGGGGAGUUCGACCCCUCCAUCGACGUUUACGCCAUCAAGAGCCACGACAGUGCCCCCAGGAAGGAAGUGUACUUCAUGGCAGUCAUAGACAUCCUGACGCACUACGACGCUAAAAAGAAGGCAGCCCAUGCAGCCAAGACCGUGAAGCAUGGGGCAGGGGCGGAGAUCUCCACGGUGAACCCAGAGCAGUACUCCAAGAGGUUCUACGAUUUCAUCACUACCAUCCUGUCAUAGCCUGGGCCUGGGCCCGGGCCAGGGCCUGGGGAGGAGGGUGGGGCCGCGGCAGG